AUGCAAGAACCCUCAGCCACUCCUCCGAAGGUUGCCAGUCCUCCAAAGGGUAUUGCUCGGGUCGAGGAUGGGAAGAUUAAAAAGCUAAAGGCCUCCUACAAGAGCGAGACACCGGCCAUACAACAUUUCAACGGCAAGACCUACGCAUGUGAGUCCUGCAAGAGAGGCCAUCGAGUACAUAAAUGUGACCAUGGCAAGACAAGGCCCAUCUCCGAAACAAAUCAGCCCGGCCGUCCUACAGCAGGUCAGAAGAGAGGGUGUCACUGUCCGAGAAACUGCGCAUGCACCACAAAAGCCUGCAAGUGCGAUAGGGACUGCGCUUGUACCCAGGAAAUGUACCUUAUAGUCCGCGUUGAUAACCCAGCCAUUAUCGAUCGAGAUGCAACCUCAACACCAAAACCAGUCUGGGAAGAUGCUGAUGGGAAUAAGAUGACGCUGAAAAAGGUCUGGGCAGACGCCAACGGAAAAGAAAUCAAUGAUGAAGAAUAUCAGGAUCGGAAAAAGCGCAUGAAGGAGCGGGAAGAAGCCAAGUCGGAGGAAGUCAAGUCGUCCUGUUGUGGUUCUGGGAAGCUUAAUGCUGAGCCCGACUCGCCUAAAGGCGGUUGUCGACAUCGUCAAAACGUCGCCGCGAUACAGCCUCAUCCUGGCCUUCUGAAACCUGGUCCUGAUCCUGCCCAGAGACCUCAACCUAAAUCAGCAAGUGAAAUCUGGAAGUCCAGUUGUUCUUGUGGCUCGGGCUGCUCCUGUCUUUACUGUCCCGAUCAUCCCAACAACGCAACGUCGAUUAAUCAUACCCAGCAACAAGUCAAGAACCUCGCAGAGCAAGCAUACAUUGGGAAUCAAAAUCUAACACAGGUCCCUUCCAUGCCCCAAAACAAUCCAAGAUCGUGCAUGGGCGGACAACCAUCCUUUUUCCUCUCGAGAACCCCCGAUGUAUCCCAACAACAGCUUCAGCAGUUCUUUUCCAAUACUUUAAACCCGAAUGCCAUCUACUUAACUUACCCUAUCCAGCAACAUUCCUGGACUAACAGGCCUCUCAGCUCACAUUGCUCACAUGUACAUUCUCCGCCAGAAAUGAUCGGCAUGUCGCAAACCGACAUUUACGACCCUCUAGCAGACACACCAACUCCUUGGGACCUACUACCAAGUGAAUCCAAUGGUACGUGGAAUUUCUCGGACGGACAGCUGGGUGACAACUCUUUCAGCUGGACAGAUGUUGGAGCUUCUUAUGGGACCGACUAUGCUAUUGGCCAAGCCAGAGUGGCAUCUAUGUCCAACGCACACGAGAUUUCUGUCUUCCAGCCACAGCCAGCCCCGCGAACACGUUCAAUGAAUGUUGAUGUCUCCUCUCUCACGAAUCCACCUCUGCUUAAUGGAUUCCCUGACGCACUGCCGCCGUUCGAUUCUCGUGAUAGAUUCGUGAGUUUUGAGGAGACGGCCACCCAAGACUCGUCCAGUCAAGAUAUCCAGGCGAACGUUUUCAGCUCUGGAACGCACCUUGACUUUCCAGCCUCAUCGCUACCCGCUUUCUCCGUCUCUCGAACUCCUGACCUUCACUCAGCCGAGCCUGCAGCACAAUUGAAUGCACAGAGAAGUCAUGUCGAUGAUAGUGGCUCCAUUCCAUGGAAUAGCUAUGACUUUUAUCAGAACAGUCGGAAAGACUCCGAAUUGAAGGGCAUACCUGUGCCGAACUCACCGGCAAUCGCCAGUAAUGCCGUGUGA